AUGUCGUGGAAGUCACUUCAUUGGCUUCAUAAAGAUAUCAUUUCCUUCGAAAAGAACCAAGCAUUUAAUAACCUUUUCAAAAAUGCUGUACGUACCAAUAUUAAGAUGACAGAGAAUAUACAAUUGGCGGACAAUCUAUUGUAUUUCAAUCCCGUUGACUCAGAUCUAGAUCCCGAUGGCUAUUUCAGCUAUCAGUCACCAAGCUCCCUAAUAUCUACUUUACAGCGGUACAGGCUUCGGAGAUGGACAAACGGUGAGAUCACAAAUAAUAAACCUUUGGUACCUGGUAAAGAGUACAGUUGCCACGAACGGAUCAAGUUCAUCAAGCCCAUAGGAGAUAGUUGUUUUGUUUCUUUACAAAGAACAAUCAGGGAUAGUAAUGAUGUUACAGCUAUAACAGAGGACAGGACGUUGCAGUACACAAAUCGGAUAGGUGACCGUUUCAGUGCGCUUGAGGAAAUGGCACAGGAAACUAAACAAUAUGAAGCCGUUGCAGGUAUCAACAUCUCAGACCUGGAUAUUGUGAAGUAUUGUCAAAUGACCAAUAACCCACACAGGAUACAUUGGGAUAGAGACUAUUGUCGUACACAGGAGGGGAUCAAGGAUAUCCUGGUUCCCGGCCCAUUGAUUACCCAGAUAAUGGCAAGAUUACUGUGUCCCAACUCUGCUAGCCUGAUAACUAGGAUCAAGUACAAGACAGUUUCACCUAUCUACCCAUUCACACCCCUUAGAGCCAUAAAAGUAUCACCGACAGCGCUGUGGCUCGCCGAUGAGUCUAAACUCUACGCAAAGAUGGAGAUCAAAGAGUCCCACCGGGAUAUCAUGCCUGAUCAACACUUAGAAGCUUAA